CUGAACCAAUCAGAAGAGGAAACCCCCAACUAAUUCAUCCGCACCUCUUUUGCCUGUGGUCUAUAUAAAUACUCCCAAAUCAAACCCCUCUCUCUGUUUUUAUUCCAUACCGAAAUACACAUUCACGGAUCAAAAAAAGACCCCAUCUUUAAUUUCCUCUCCGGUACACUCAUCAGAUCAAAAAGAUCCCUCCUUUCUCCGGCGAUCCAGAAUGAAUACUGACAGUGGCAAGAGCCUUGCCGACUACCCGGACGAACCAGCAAUGAAAGCUGAUCUUCAGUUCCCAGUUCAUAUGUUCUGUAGUUUACUGGUGGGCGGCGAAUACAGCGAAAAAGUUAGUCGCCCGGCUCCCGUCUUCCUCUCCGCCGUUCUCCAAUACAUCGCGGCUGAGGUUAUGGAAGUUGCUGGAAACAUAGCCAAGGCCGACAACAAGACUACUAUUAUGCCAAGUCACAUCAAGCGUGCCAUUAGGAGCGAUGAGGGUUUGAACAAGCUUUUGGGUGAGCUUUAUGAGCCUGCUUCUAGGAACCACAAUGCAGAGUGGUUGGGCAAGCUUUUUGCGGCGGCUGUUACUAUUGAUGACGAUGACAGCAUGUGUAUGUCAGAGUAACAACGAGGGAAAGGCGUCGUCGGCUCAGCAUCUUAACCCUAGUUCUUAGAGGUUUCCCUCUCAGUAUAAUGGAAGGCCUUUCUUUGAAUUUCCAAAGUAAAUUAUGGGGGUGUAUUUCUCCCCUUUAGUUAUUUAUGCCCUCUGUUUUUGUAUCGUGGGAAUUCUAGACUUCAUACCAUAGUCCAUGCUGGAAUUAUGGACUCAUCAUUGUAUUCAUUUGGCUGCUUUCAGUGAGGAUUUGCUUCAUCAGAGCUUCGUGAUGCCACAAGAAAAGAAGCUCAGGGUGGCUAAAGACAAACUCAUGUAAUUAUGUAGAUGGUCUCAACUUCUAUGCAUGGGCCAUCUUUUGAGACAAUGAGACUUGUCCCUUCAAAUGUGUGUAUAUAACUUUUUCUAUUCAGUACUUCUGUUUGGUAGUGUUCAUACUUCAUAGUGACAAGAUCGUGAUCGAAUUUGUGAAUUCUGCCUUUUUUUUUAAUUUAUUUUAUGC